AUGCCAUUGAACAUUCUGUUAAUCUUUUUCCUCCCUCCCAUAUUUGCAAUUAAUCUACUGGAUUUAUGCCAAUCGGGUAUUCGUGAUGAUGGUUCAAAUUAUGUACACUGUGCACGAAAAUCACUUUCGGAAAUUCCACACUUUUCGUCAUAUAGGCUGUUUAAUCUCGCAUUCGAUGAGCUAAUCCUUUCGGAUAAUGCCAUCACACACAUUCACGCCAAUGCAUUCAACGGUCUUCGUAUAAAACGCUUAGUCAUGUCCGGCAACCGUUUGGCAUCCAUUGAUAAAAAUGCAUUUCGUGAACUGGAAAACUAUCUCGAACAAUUAACAUUAGAAUUCGAUCCAUCUGUUGUCGAUACAAUACCUGAAGCUAUACAAAAUAAUCUUGCAAAUAUAAGAAGUUUGACAUUGACUGGAUUGAAUCUUCGAAAUUUACCUGUGAAUGUCUUCGAACAAAUGAAAAAAUUGGAAAUUUUAUCAUUGAAAUCGUGUAAUCUACAAGCGAUCGAACCGGGUGCAUUUCAUUCAAUUGAAAAACAACUUAGACAUCUGUACUUAGACAAUAAUCAACUUGAUUACCGAAUAUCCAAUGUUCUUCAUCGUUUAACCAUGUUAGAAACAUUGUCGUUAUCACACAACCGUCUAAACCAGUACGAAUUGAAAUUAAUCAACAAAAACCUUCGAUAUUUGGAUUUAUCUUAUAAUGGGUUAGCAAAACUAUUCUUAGCGAAUAUGUCAAGCUUACAGAUAUUAAAUGUACAAAACAAUCUGUUAACCUCGGACCAAAUCAUCGGUUCUGUGCCAAAUCAAUUGAAAGAAUUGAUCUUAGAUUUCAAUUCUAUUCGAACGUUUAACGAGCAUUUCCUCCUGGAGAACAAUGCCUUGGAAACUUUGUCGUUACAAAGCAACGACUUUCUAUUGAAUGAUUCGACUAUCUUUCGACAUUUGAAUAAUCUUAAACGAUUGAACUUGGCGAGAAAUAGUAUCAAAAUCAUUCCGAAAGGUUUAUUUAAUUUCACUCGAUCACUUGAACAUUUAAACAUGGAUCGAAAUCCAUUACUUCCAUUAUCAAUUGAUACAUUUACUGGUAUCGAAUUUUCUUUACGAAAUAUUAGUUUUCAAUCGUGUUUAUUAACAUCGGAUUCUUUACCUGCAUUUUCCCGUUUGGUCAAUCUUGAACGUUUUAAACUUCAAUCAAAUCUAUUAACUGAAAUUCAACCAAACUCAUUCUUCUCGGCAAUGCCACAACUUGUCGCCAUUGAUUUACAACGAAAUCAACUUACACAACUUCCAUCAGAAUUUCCUUCAUCUCUACGCGAACUCGAAUUAGGAAACAAUCAAUUGACUAUCUUGCCAUUUACUACUCAAACAUUCGAACAGAUGUCACAAUUAGUUACAUUAGAUCUUAGUUCGAAUCCAUUGCAAUGCAACUGCCAAAUCAAACCGUUGUAUCAUUGGUUAUUGACGCAUUUCCAAGCAGAACUUGUUCCGUACGUACAAUGGUUAUGUGCUCAACCGAAGGAGCUCUCUGGCAAACAAUUAGGUUCGCUAUCAGAGGAACAGUUGAAAUGCGAAGAACUGCAAACAACAAUGAUCACAACGACGACAGCAGAGUUAACAACUGAAAUGGAAACAUUUCCUUCUUUCAGUGUUUGGCUGAAAGAUUCCGAAACGGCUAUACUCGAAUGGUCGUCAGUAUCUUCGCCGUUGAAACUGGUUGUAUACGAAAAUGGUUAUAAACUACCCACACUUUAUUUAAAUUCAAGUGAAAACUAUUUCCUUUUGGAAAAAUUGAAAUCUUUAACGAAUUAUUCGUUGUGUCUACAAGUAAAACACCAUAAUUUAUGUCGAAAUUUACAGACACCAAAUGCAAUUCCUCGACAGAAACUUCUAUCUUUAUCUUCGUCAUCGAAUUCGUAUGAAAAAUCUUCAUUUCUCAAUGAUAUUCAAUAUCUUAUCACCGGUAUCGCAUGCGGCAUUAUCGUUGUAUUACUCAUUCUUCUCUUAGUGGUCAUUUUUCUCAUUAAAUACCGGUCGAAAUUCCAACAUCACCACUCAUCAAAAACAAUUGCAACGGAUUCUUUCUAUCAAACAACGGGUUCGGAUACCACACAAGUAGGUGGAUCCUGUUCGAUUGAAGAACGUUCAACAAAUGGAAGCACCAAUCAACCGUCAGCAUCGUUAACACCGAUGUUCUAUUAUUGUCGUUCACCACCGAUGACAAGUUGUUGUCAAGAGCAACAACCAUAUCAUUUCUAUCAUGAAAUACCUUUUACGACAUCAACAACUCAGUUAAAUCCACCGCCGUGCUUGUGCAGGCCACCUAUGAUAAUUUAA